AUGGAAGUGAUUUUCACAGUGAAUGGAAAGAAGUGCAGAAUUGGUUCUGGCGAGUUCGCUGCGAACACGUCGCUCAACACUUACUUGAGGACGCGCCUCAAGCUCACGGGCACAAAGUUCAUGUGCCAAGAGGGCGGCUGUGGCUGCUGCACCGUGACUCUGGAGGGCGUUCAGCCUGUGACCAAGGAGAGAUUCACCAUGGCCGUGAAUUCGUGUCUCUUCCUGCUCUUCUCCUGUCACGGCCUCAAAGUCACGACGAUCGAGGGCUUGGGCGAUCACAGAACGGGUUACAAUGCAAUGCAGGAGCGCCUGGCUCAGUUUCACGGCUCUCAGUGUGGCUUCUGCUCGCCGGGAUUCGUCAUGACCAUGCACGGUCUGUACAGAGGCAAGUACGGCAGCGUCACAGCCGAAGAGGUGGAGGACAAUUUUGGCGGGAACAUUUGUCGAUGCACCGGAUAUCGUCCUAUCUUGGCUGCCUUCAAGUCAUUCGCCAUGGACUCUGAGACUUGCUCGCAGGAUCUCCAGAGUCUCUGCACAGACAUCGAAGAUCUGACGAUCAGGAAGUGCUCCAGAAACUGUGCGAGUGCACUUCAUCUCACUGCUGCUGAUGUCUCUGAGUGGCACAAAGUUUACUCUCUCAGUGAAGUGCUGCAGAUCCUCGGCAAUUUCGCCAACAGGAAGUAUAGACUCGUGGCGGGAAACACAGCUCAUGGCAUCUACCGAAUGCCUUAUGACAUUGAAGUCUUCAUCGACGUGUCUUCGGUGACUGAGUUGAGGGGCUAUUCAAUUGGAAGCAGCAUUGUUCUUGGCGGGAACGUGACGAUCACCGAAUGGUUGGCAAUUCUUCAAGAGGCUGCCGACCGAACGGCGGGAUUUGCAUAUUGUCGUCUCGUUAGAGAUCAUCUCACACGAAUCGCCACGGUUCAGGUGCGGAAUGUCGGCACGAUCGCGGGGAAUUUGAUGAUCAAGUAUGAUUAUCGCGAGUUCUAUUCAGACAUUUUCCUCCUGCUCGAAACUAUUGGAGCCAAUAUCACAAUCACUGAUAUCAAUGGGGUGACAGAGACAGUUUCACCGGAGGAUUUCCUCUUCAGGAACAUGGAAUUGAAGGUGAUCACGCAGAUCACGAUGCCUCAACUGUCGCCCAGUCGAUAUCGCUUGCAAUCGUACAAGAUCACAGACAGAGCGCAGAACGCAAUCACAUACAUGAACGCUGCUUUUCUCCUCGAAAUCAACCAGAAAUCGCAAGUUAUCCGAUCAGCGAGGAUUGUUUUUGGCGGCGUAAAUCCGAAAUUCAUUCACGCCACGUCCAUUGAAAAGAGAAUUCAAGGAAUUAAUCCCUUUAACAAUGCCACAAUCCAGUCUGUCAUCAACAUUAUCAACACUUUCACCUUUGACGAUUCCCUGCCGAAUUCAUCGGCUGAGUUCCGCCGAAGACUCGCCAUUGGACUUUUCUAUCGAACUAUUCUCUAUCUCGCGCCCCGAACAAGAAUCCAGCCGUCUUAUCAAAGUGGAGCUUCGCCAAUCCUUAGACCGCUUUCCUCAGGAGAACAGAACUUUGAGACCAAUCCGGCGAAAUAUCCUUUAACAGAGCCCAUCAUGAAAGUGGAGGCUUUGAGACAGUGCAGCGGAGAAGCGGAAUACGUCAAUGAUAUUCCUCUUCCUCACGCUCUCUGGGCAGCUUUUGUGCUGUCCAAGAAUCCAUUUAAUACCAUCGCAGGCUUCGAUGCCACAGAAGCUCUCAAGGUUUAUGGUGUGAAGGCGUUCUUCAGCGCAAAAGACAUCCCGGGAGUGAAUUCAUUCGCCACCCAGAAGAUUGUUGCGCCUCUCAUGUUUCCCGAACCCGAGGAACUUUUCUGCAGUGGAAAGGUGCUCUUCUAUGAUCAACCUGUGGGAAUUAUUGUGGCUGAGACGAUGGACGAGGCUGUUCAUGCGGCAGAACUGGUCAAGAUUCAGUACGAGAGCAAGGUGGAGGAAAAAGGAUCCUUUGCAUCGCUCUACAGCUACUUCAAGGGAGAUAAAACCAGCAUUCGGGAGAAAGUUUUGCCCACCCUCGAAGAUGUUCUGAAAGCAGAUCCAAAACUCACUGGAGAUCGCUUUCAAAUUCCCAUAAUCGCGAUAGCGGCCACAAAGCAAGGCAUUGGUCAGGAGGACAGGAAUAUCAAGGGACACAUCUUGUGCGGUCCUCAGUAUCACUAUCACAUGGAGACGCAGCAGACCAUGGCGGUGCCAGUUGAGGAUGGCAUGGAUCUCUUCCCCAGCACGCAGUGGAUGGACUUCACGAAUGCGGGCGUGGCACAAGUCCUGGGGCUGGCCAACAAUGCCAUCAACAUCCGCGUUCGACGCGUCGGAGGAGCUUUUGGCGGGAAAAUCAGCCGCUCAACGCAGAUUUCCGCUGCAGCCGCCGUUGCUUGUUACCAUUUGCGCUGUCCCAUUCGAAUGGUGCUGCCCAUGAGGACGAACAUGAGAGCGAUUGGGAAGCGCACGCCAGCGUUCUCUGAGUAUGACAUGGACUUCACAGAUCAGGGCGUCAUCACGAGACUUCAGUGCGAUGUUACGCACGAUCUGGGAUGCUCGGUGAAUGAAGCCUUAGAACCUUACAUUCCCUUCUUCGUGGCCAACGCCUACUCGACUGCCACUUGGACUGUGGUCUUCCACCAUGUCAUCACGGACGCGCCCUCGAACACUUCGAUGCGAGCCCCGGGAUCCAUGGAAGUGAUCGCCAACGCUGAGACCUGGAUGGAUCACAUCGCGUGGACGCUGAAGAGAGAUCCGGUGGAAGUGAGAUUGGCCAACAUCGAUGCUGCCAAUCCGAUAAGGAAGAUCUAUGCAGACUUUCUAGCCACUUCUGAGUACUACAGGAGAUUAGCCGACGUGAAUCAGUUCAAUUCGGUGAAUCGAUGGAAGAAGCGAGGCAUCGCAACGUCGCUAAUGCAGUAUCCGCAGGCGUUCGCCAAUGUCUUUGAAGCCCUGACUUCAAUCUAUCAUUCCGAUGGCAGUGUUGCCAUCAGCAUCGGAGGAAUUGACUUUGGACAGGGCAUAAACACGAAAUGCGCCCAGAUUGCGGCCUCCAUCCUCGGCUGUCCACUGGAGAUGGUGAAGGUGAAGCCCUCCAACAACCUCGUGAGCGCCAACACGAUGGUGUCAGGCGGAAAUAUGUCCUGCGACGCCGCCGGCCUCGCAAUUCAAGGCUGCUGUGAGACGCUCAACGCUCGCUUAGCGCCCAUCCGGCAGCAGAAUCCAAACCUCUCUUGGCCCGACAUCGCCCAGGAAGCCUAUAAAGCCAACAUAGAACUCGUCGCUGUGCAUCAAUUCGAUCCGUCAAAGAUGACUCCGUACAUCAUUUACGGCGUUGCGUGCUCUGAGAUUGAGAUCGACGUUCUCACCGGUGAUUUCCAGCUGCGCCGAGUGGACAUUCUGGAGGACGUGGGCCAGAGCAUCAGUCCCAGAAUAGAUGUGGGCCAAGUCGAAGGCGCCUACGUCAUGGGCUUGGGUUAUUGGCUUCACGAGAAGCUCGUCUACAAUCGCUCCACCGGCGAAUUGCUGACAGAUCGCGCGUGGAACUACAAACCGCCAGGCGCCAAGGACAUCCCCGUGGACUUCCGCGUCACUCUUCUGCCAUCCACGUCCACAGGAGCUGGCGUCUUGGGAGCCAAGUGUAUCAGUGAACCAGGCCUCACUCUGGCCAUCUCGGCUCCACUCGCGCUGAGAAAAGCCCUCGAGUCCGCACGAAAGGACGCAGGAGCGCCCGACAUAUUCCUCACUCUCAACUCAGGCACCACAAAGGAGGACAUCCUCGUCCUGGCCAGCACCCCAGACGACCAAUUUACCAUGUAA